CAUCGGAUGCGCGUCGUGGUGGGGUGCUUAAUUAUAUAUGGUAGGCGACUUUUGAAUUUCUCACAUUUCUGUCUUGUGAUAUUUUAGAGUAAGUACAGCAGAGCGGUGCUGUGCCCUUACCAAUAACUUUUUAUUACAUUUUUACUCUUUCGUAGUCAACAAAUACUAACCAAUCAAAAUGUGUGACGAAGAAGUUGCCGCAUUAGUCGUAGACAAUGGAUCCGGUAUGUGCAAGGCCGGUUUCGCCGGGGACGACGCCCCACGUGCCGUCUUCCCUUCAAUCGUCGGACGUCCAAGACAUCAAGGAGUCAUGGUCGGUAUGGGUCAAAAAGACUCCUACGUAGGUGACGAGGCUCAGAGCAAAAGAGGUAUCCUUACUCUAAAAUAUCCCAUUGAACACGGUAUUGUCACCAACUGGGAUGAUAUGGAAAAAAUCUGGCAUCACACUUUUUACAAUGAACUUCGUGUGGCUCCUGAAGAACACCCCGUGCUCCUCACCGAGGCCCCAUUGAACCCCAAAGCUAACAGGGAAAAGAUGACCCAGAUCAUGUUUGAAACCUUCAACACCCCAGCUAUGUAUGUUGCCAUCCAAGCUGUGUUGUCUCUGUAUGCUUCUGGUCGUACCACCGGUAUCGUCUUGGAUUCUGGAGAUGGUGUCUCUCACACUGUACCAAUUUACGAAGGUUACGCUCUUCCGCACGCUAUCCUCCGUUUGGACUUGGCUGGUCGUGACUUGACCGAUUACCUCAUGAAAAUUUUGACUGAACGUGGCUACUCUUUCACCACCACCGCUGAGAGGGAAAUUGUCAGGGACAUCAAGGAAAAACUCUGCUAUGUAGCCCUGGACUUUGAACAGGAAAUGGCUACUGCUGCCAGCUCCAGCUCCUUGGAGAAGAGCUACGAACUUCCCGACGGUCAAGUCAUCACCAUCGGAAACGAGAGAUUCCGUUGCCCAGAGGCACUUUUCCAACCCUCGUUCUUGGGUAUGGAAGCCGCCGGUAUCCACGAAACCACUUACAACUCCAUCAUGAAGUGCGACGUCGAUAUCAGGAAGGACUUGUACGCCAACACCGUACUCUCCGGAGGUACCACCAUGUACCCGGGAAUUGCCGAUCGUAUGCAAAAGGAAAUCACCGCUCUUGCCCCAUCCACCAUGAAGAUCAAAAUCAUCGCUCCACCAGAGAGGAAAUACUCCGUAUGGAUCGGAGGUUCCAUCUUGGCCUCCCUCUCCACUUUCCAACAGAUGUGGAUCUCAAAACAAGAAUACGACGAAUCCGGCCCAUCCAUUGUCCACAGGAAAUGCUUCUAAACUUGUUAAUUUUCAUCAUGUCUUUUUUAUUUAUUAUCCUUUAAUAUCGCUCGCAUUCCAUUACUCCGUAUGCAUUCGUUUUGAGACAUAUUUUUGUAUUAUAUCUGCGAUACGUGACGUCGCUGUGCGACCAGAACUGCCAUUUUGAAAUGGAUGAUUUUUUUAGAGACCGUAUAUGCACUAGGCCAAAGUAUUCCUAUAAUCAUGUUUUUUUUGUAAGUUAUUACAUGUUGUGCAGAAUAAGACUCUUUAUUUACUUAUGUAAUUAUUUUUAGGCUAUAUAUAAAUAAAAAAUUUAUAAAUAAAAAAAAUUUAAAAAUUA